AUGGUCAACAUGGCCGCCAGCAGAAAGGCUACAAAGGACAUAGACAAUGCGACAUCGUCUGAACAGACAACAAUCAAGAAUUUCUCAACAAUUUUGACCAAGGAUGAUAAGAAAAACAAUACUGUGUCCACAGGUCAAUGUAUGUCAGGUAUAAAUUUAUCUAACAACUGUAUUUCUAAAUUGAAUAACCAGAAUAUUGAAAUAACAGGUCUGUCAAAACACAAUCCUAUGCAUAUAAAGAAACUCCUAGUGCAAUCACAGCAUGCAUUAUUUUUUAACGUCUGCACACAAAAGCAUGUUACUGACUUUAGUACCACUGGUUGCCAUUUAUGUUACCGUGAACCCAGUAGAAUACAGGUGAAAUGGUUAACUAGGAAGUUUGGAAAAAGUCGACUGUUGAGAAAAUGUCUCAGACAUAUAAAGAUCAAAAGGUCUGUACCCAGAUCUUCUUAUCUUCAUUACAUAGUAGAGAAUAUUAAGCAAUGUCAAGACAUUAGGAUGAAGUGUAUCCCUGAUCUUCACUGCCCAAAGAAGGUUCACAAGAAAUGCCGGACAAACCGUUCAUCAAAAGAUUCAAAAUUUUAUAUCUGUGAAGGAAUUCUUGCAGAUAUAUUCUAUUUAUCAGGUUCGACUCAUGAUUUAUAUGCACAACAUGUAUUCAAAAAUGUCAACCACUUAAAGAAAGUUUGUCAGUCAGCAUUAUGUACAGAUAUUGAGACAAAUCCUGGACCCGUAUUCUAUAUUGAUCCCAGCAAAACAAUCAGUGCACCAUAUAGCCAAGGUAAUCAAAUUAUAUUUGGAGAAACAGCAGGACAGCAGUGUUUAGCAAUGUGUUUAUGUGCCCUUAUAUACAACAAAAGACAGAACAUAUGCUCACCAGAAGAUCUGAUUAACGUAAUGAAUAUUGGUAAUGAACUAUAUUCAAACUUAUCAUGUUUAGCACAGCAAUCAUUUUUAUUGUUUACAGAAUUGCCUUCACAACUUACAGUAUUUGACACAGAUUAUAUUUUUGAGUACAGUGAGAGCUAUAGUGGUAAUGUAAUUGGAGACUGUUCUAUUGAAGGGUUUCAGUACUGUGUUCCAUUUCACAGAUCAUUUGAAUUACUCCUGGCUGAGAACUAUUCUGCAUUCAUUUUAACAAUUGACUCCAAUGCUGUUUGCAUAUUUUCCACCACUGAUGGCAAGUAUAAAAUUUUUGACUCUCAUUCAAGAGAUAUUUAUGGCAGAAGUCAUCCACAAGGUACAUGUGUGUUGUUGGAGGCACCAAAUAUCAACAAUGUAAUUCUGUAUUUCCAGUCUUUAUACAGUGAAAACAGUCAAUUUGAGCUAAGAGGAAUAAAUAUUGAACAGGUACAAGCCAAUGGUGACCAGAACUUAAACAAUGGCAUUAGAAAUUCUGCCCUAUCAGCUAACGCCUCAGCAGAAUCUAAAAGUGCUGAUGUUUCUUGUUCAUGUAGACAAUGCUGUGCGAUUUCAUUAUACUCGAUUUGUUAUGCUAUUAUUAAACCUUGUAAUUACUGGGAUUCAAAUACAGUGACCGCAGUUGUUUACUUUGGCACUACUUUGUAUAACAACACUGGGAUAAAUGCAUCUCAUGAUAUACCUCAAAAAGUUGACAUAUGUGGAACUGAAGUACAUGUAAAAUUGCAAGCUAAUAUUCAAGGAGUACUUUAUGACAAGGCAAAAAGCAGACUACACAUUGAAAGCCUUAUUUGUCAUACUAAUGAAAACACAGGGUUUUUAAUUUGGUUUGGAGAUUAUUGUAUUUCUUGCAUCUUUCAAAAGACAUCAAUUAAGAAUAUGUCAUACUCAAUCUUAGCAUAUGAUGAUGAUGAUAACUCACCUACAUGUACUACAUAUUACAUUAAAAACAUAAAAGACAAGCAUACUUUAGUCGAUGUUAUGUUUAACCUAGCAACCACCAAAAUCAAGGAUGAAAUUGUCAAUUAUGAAAUUCAAUUUUUGUCUUGUUUUUCUGAAUUGACUAACUGUGAAAGAAAAAGAAUUAUGAAAAACCACAGGCAAAACUACAUAAAUGACUUCAUUGAACCAGGUCUAAAGAAACGGAAGUUAGAAACAAAGCAGAUGAGAUACAAAACAAUGGAACCAUUAGUAAAACAACAAGUUAACUCUAAACAUGUAAAUGAUUACAAAAUUAUAGCUCAUGAGAAAAAACAAAAAAUAUUGGAAAACAGGAAAACAAAAUAUGAAAUGUUAGAUAAAUCAAAGAAAGAAGAACUGCUUACCAAAAAUAUGAAUUAUAGAAAAACAAUGAAUAAAGGACAAAAGCAAAAAAUACUAGAGAAUAAAAGAAUAAAAUAUGAAGCAAUGGAUCACUCAAACAAAGGGGAACUGCUUACUAAAAAUAUGAAUUAUAAAGGAACAAUGACUGAAGAACAAAAGCAAAAAAUACUGGAGAAUAAAAGAGUAAAAUAUGAAGCAAUGGAUCUAUCAAGGAAAGAGGAAUUGCUUACUAAAAAUAUGAAUUAUAAGGAAACAAUGGGAGAAGAACAAAAACAGAAACUAUUAGAGAACAAGAGAGUCAAAUAUCAAGCAAUGGAUAUAUCAAAGAAAAAGGAGUUGAGUGCUAUGAGUUCAAGCAAAAUCAUGUUAAAUCGCAUGUCGUUGGAUCCAAAACAAAAAAAUGAUUUGCUGACUAGAGAGAAAGAAAAACGGAUGGAGAAAAAAUCUCUAACUCAUGACAUUGACAUGUGCAUUCAAAAAUUUAAAAAAUAA